AUGGAGACUGCAGGGCACAGCAAUAUGUGUCGGUGUUGUGCUUCAGAAGGUGCGUUUAAAGACAUUAAAAGCACAUAUCAUUGGAUGGGAGAAGAGGAGAUUUACGCCGACAUGUUGAAGGAUUGUUUCGACAUAAAUCUAAAUGUAUCGGAGCAUGGUGAAGAUGGUGGUAUAUGCGAGGUCUGCAUCACGCAGCUGCGCAACGCAAUCAACUUCAAGAAGCAAGUACAACUCACCGAGGAACAAUUUAAGAAACAUUUGCAGAAUAAGGCAUUGUUUAGACCGAAUAUUGUGAAGGUGGAAGUUGGAGGUGAAGAAGACUCGGACGGUGAUAACAUGGGCUCCGGUGAUGAUGCGUUCUCUGGUGCUGAAUUCGAUGUACCAAUAAAAACUGAAGAAGAUGAUCCCAAACCGAAGAAGCGGUCUAAGGCUUCGGCUACAACGACGCGCUCCAAGAAAUCUAAAUCUGAUGAUGGGGAACCGUCAACUAAACGUGUUCCACGUAACGUGAACGCCAAGAAUGAAAAGGACUGUGACAAAAAACUAAAACGAAUUACCAACAGCAAAAGCGAACAGCUCGAGGAUACGAAACCCAAUGAGCUAAUUAAACAUAGGAGUAAUGUAAGGCUUAUCUUGCAAUGUUCCAAUGCAACCCCCAUUCGAUGUAGAGGGGGCAUUGGGUACGCCUGCUGCUUCUGCGGAGACCAGUUCCCCGACCCAGCAGAUCUAAAAAAACACACGCUCCAAGACCAUGAUGAUAAAACUAAACUCCAAUUCAUGGAAGGCCAAAAGAUGUUCUCUUUCCUCGUCAAACUAGACAUUACCAAUCUCAAGUGUAAUAUUUGUGAAGCAAAAUUUGAUAAAUUGGAACAAUUUGUGGAACAUUUGAUCAAAGAUCAUAAUAAAAAGGUUUUUACAAACAUCAAAAGUCAUGUGCUGCCGUUCAAAUUCGAUGAUGACGUACUCAGGUGUUUGUAUUGCCAAAACGUCUUUAAUAAGUUCAAGAAUUUACUACAGCACAUGAAUGUGCACUGUAGGAAUUAUAUUUGUGAUUAUUGCGACGCUGGGUUUGUUAAUAAGAAUAUUUUAACUUCCCACACAGAAGGACAUAAGAUAGGAACGUUUAAGUGCGAUCUUUGCUCAAAAAUCUUUGAUACACUACGAAAGAAAAAAAGUCACGAGAGAUCUGUUCAUAUACACGCAAGUUUACUUAGCAAAUGUGGUUACUGCAAUCAGAGAUUUUCGAGUUAUAAGCUAAGGGACAUUCAUUUGGUCAAAGUUCAUGGCGUGCAAUUAAUAGCGCUUAAAUGCCAGGCUUGUGAUAAAACCUUUGAUAGUAAGAAGGCUUUGACUAUCCACACUAAAAGAGAUCACUUAAUGGAAAGGCCUCACAAAUGUACCCAGUGCGAUAUGAAGUUUUUUAUCCCAAGUGCGUUGAGACUACAUAUGGUUAAGCACACCGGUGUUAAAAAAUUCAAAUGUGCAAUCUGCUUGAAGUCUUAUGGUAGAAAGAAGACUUUAACGGAACAUAUGAGGAUUCAUAAUGACGAUAGGCGUUUUAAAUGUAAGCACUGUGGACAAGCAUUCGUCCAAAAAUGUAGCUGGAAAGGCCACAUGAGAAACCGACAUCGUGAACUGGUUUAA